GCUUCAAGAAUCGUUUACUAUGAAUUAAAACAUUACCUUUCAGUUGAUGGCCACCGCUGUACAGGUAAUAAAGCGCCAGUGAAAGCUAGUAGUGAUCAAAGCAAUGACAACACAGAAGUAGACCAAACACUCAAGUCGUUUGACACACAGGAAUCAACCGGUGAUGAAGAACCAAAUGCACAGAAAAAUCUAUUAGUGACAAAUCUAUUUACAGGUCUUUUCAAAAAACGUGAAAAAGACGUCAAUUUAAAGGAGUUCUCCGAACAGGAAGAAGACACCAAAGGACCGAAAGGAAUACUUGAUAAAUUUAAACAAUAUCAGGAUAUGUUAGGCAAGAGUUGUUUCCGAGAUAUCGGCUGUUUUUCUGCCUCUGAGUACAACGAGUCGGCGCGCUCUAUACCACUGUUGCCGAUGUCACCCGACUCUAUGAGUCCGAUGUUUCAUAUGUAUACUUUAGAGCAGCGGACGAUCCCCAGGAACUAUAGCUAUAACGCCACUGCAGCCCAACUCCGGUACAGCACUUUCAACGCCUCCCUUAGAACCGCAUUCAUUGUCCACGGAUUUCAAAGCGGAUAUGCCCUAGGUAUUCAAUCAUUCAUUAAUAUCGGCUGUUUUUCUCCCACCGAAUACAACGAGUCGGCGCGCGCUAUACCACUGUUGCCGAUGUCACCCGACUCUAUGAGUCCGAUGUUUCACAUGUAUACCUUAGAGCAGCGGACGAUCCCCAGGAACUAUAGCUAUAACGCCACUGCAGCCCAACUCCGGUACAGCACUUUCAACGCCUCCCUUAGAACCGCAUUCAUUGUCCACGGAUUUCAAAGCGGAUAUGCCCUGUGGUUAGAGAAUAUGAAAGAUUUUAUACUCUAUAAAAGCAACGAUCAAUUCAAUGUUGUGGUCGUUAUUUGGGAAAAAGGAGCAAAAACCCCAAUUUAUAACUUGGCCGCUACUAAUACCCGAGUUGUUGGGGCACUCAUUGGUUUCUUUAUCAACAGUUUGUGCAAUACGUUUAAGAUAACAAAUGAUAGGUUUUGGUUAAUCGGACACAGUUUGGGCGGACAUACUAUGGGUUACGCCGGCAAACGACUGAAUAACCCGAAAGUGGGCCGCAUUACAGCCCUCGAUCCGGCCGGGGUCGGUUUUCACUUCAAGAACACAGCUUUACGUUUAGACCAUUCGGACGCACAGAUAGUGGAUGUGAUCCAUACGGACGCCGCCCUCUCAUACACUGAGGGCUUCGGAACGGCCGACACUUUGGGUCACUUCGACUUCUAUCCCAACGGAGGU